CCUCUUGUGAGCAGGCUAAGACAGAACGACGAGAAAAAAACGAAGCUUGAGAACGGCGUUUGAAGGAUAAUACACACUUAGGAGUUAUUGUUUGUGUUGUUAAGCGUAUAAACACGACUUUUUCAGCAUAAUAGUGCUUAUCUGGGGCGUUGUAAAAGGAUAAUGAAGACGGGCGUACCUGAUAUCACCUGUUGCCGGAUGGCCGCUGGAGAAGGACAGGAGUAAAUGGCGCUGAGCUCCAGGUGCCAGUCUAACCAGCGACCGGCUAUAAAUAUGAGGCGCGAGGUGUGAUGGUCUAAGCUGUACGGACUAACCUGUGUAACCUGCUCUGAGACUACAGGAGCACCGUGAUGGCUAGCGGAGAGGAUGAUCAUGUUGAUCGACCCCUGCUCUCAUCUUUCAGGCCAUCUUCUGCUCCUAAACUAAAUGUGCAGCGCUCGCUAUCCCGAGAGUCCAUCACCAUCCAUUUCUCUGCAAUGGGCAAGGAAGAGGAUCAGGAGGAAGAGGUCAUAUAUGGACCGUUAGACCUGCCGAGCGACACAAUGACGACCAGUCAAGGAGUAGUAACGGCUUUGGAAGCAAGUGAAGACCUUGUUCUUGAAGGAGAUACAGAGAUGAAGUCUGUCGGUAAUUUCGAUGCAGUUGAGUCCCUUUCAGCCAUGGCAGGUCAACAGAACACUAAUAAGCAGGAACACAGUUUAACGUGCUCUACUUCGGCUGAGCCUACAAAGGGGACCGGAUCCUCAUCAGGCUCCGCUAACGCCUCACCCUCCAAAUCGGUGUCCCUUCCCUCAAUGGACAAGGCCUUUCUCAGCCUCAUGAAGUCUUUGUCUACAGAUUUGGAGCCCCGGGAAGGAGUCCCUGUUCCUCCACAUUUGCGCCAUCGGCAGAUGAUGAAAAAUUUUGUCAAAUCUUUGUCUACAGACACGACCCAGGAUCCCUCGGGAUCAAACCGCCCUUCAGACUCCCGCCUCAACCUGCAUCUCUUCAAACAGUUUACCCAAUCCCGAGCCACUGCAAGUGUGGGAGACUCCAAAACUGCUCCAACUUCUCCGUUAACCUCACCUGACAACCGCACCUUCUCGUUUAAGGUGUCCGAGGUGGAGGCGCGCAUUGAAGACACGAAACGGCGUCUUUCAGAAGCCAUGGCCGAUCCUUUGCAAUUGAUUAGCAAGUUCAUUGGCGAUGACUCUUCCAGUAUUUACAGACCCAAACCUCUUUCAUCCAGUGCCACAGAAUUGACAAGUUUCUCCACUCUAAAUGGCCAUCUUGAAAGCAACAAUAAUUACAGUAUCAAGGAGGAAGAAGGUGACCUUGAUGGUGAAGGUGUUACCCCAGAGGCAGCUGAGCUGGCCUCAGCUGCUGAAAGCAAGACUGCCAAACCUUGUCCGUCCUCUCUGGGACUGGACACGUGCUCCAUGUCGGCACUGGCCAAGCAGGAUGACCAAGAGUUCUGUGAACUUUACAGUGAAGACUUUGAUUUCUCUGUGGAUACAGAGGUGCAUGUUGAUCGUACUGAGGACGUGAAGACAGGAAGCGGUGCUUCCAAGCCUGCUAGUCCGAGCACAAACACUUUUCGUCAAGAUGAGAGAGAGUUGGUGUCAGCAUAUAGUAUUCCACGUAAGACUUUGUUAGCUCUGACCAUUAUUACUUAUGGAUACUUUAUCCUACCUUUGCCCACUUACCUUGGAGGAAUGUUGCUGGGUGUAGCAUUAGGGUUCAUGCUGGCCAUUGGUGUAGUGUGGCUAACAGGCCCAAAGCUACAAGGAAUUAGACGUUUAAGAUCCCCGAGGGAUCUGUGGAACGUGGCACAGUUGGAUAUCAAAGAACCAGGCAUCUUCAAGGGUUGGAUGAAUGAGAUUCAGAACUACAACCCAGAAACAUACCAUGCAACACUUACCCAUUCAGUGUUCGUGCGCUUGGAAGGCUCGACUUUGCGGAUCUCCAAACCCAACAAGAACAUCGCCCGGCGAGCCAGUUACAACGAAUCCAAACCCGACAUCACGUACAUCAGCCAGAAAAUCUAUGAUCUUACAGACAGCAAGGUGUCCCUGGUGCCCCAGAGUCUCGCCAGGAAGCGGGUGUGGAACAAGAAGUACCCGGUAUGCAUUGAGCUGGCCAAGCAGGAUGACUUCAUGUCUAAAGCAGAAGCAGACCGAGCCUCAGACGAGAAGGAGAAUCAGGACAUUGCAGGUUCACAGGAAGGAGGAAGGGCGGGUUCAGACCGUGAACUGCCCACCAUCUACUUGUUUGGAAGAACGGGAAGGGAAAAAGAGGAGUGGUUCCGGCGAAUUCUUCUAGCCUCGAAACUCAAAUCUGAAGCAGCUAAGAAGGCAGCGAGCCUGCCAACUAGCAAGAGUGCUUCAGCACUGUCCCAUAGUCGCAGCAGUAGCAGAGGCAGUCUGGAUGAGUUCCUGUCAUCCCAGGCAGCUAAGAAAGAGUCGAGUGUAAGUGCCAAACAGAAGUCUCUGUUGGAAUACAGUAUCUACAUGGCCAACUACGUCGGCCCUUCUAAAGCGACUAGUGCCAACACCAGUCCUGGAGCAAGCCCACACAGCAGUCCCAGUGUGGGCAAAAAGUUGCCAAGCAGCCCAGUAAAAGAAAAAGAGGAGGUGCCUGUGAGCUGGCUGAACGCUCUGAUUGGCCGGAUCGCUUGGGAUUUCUUCAGGGAGCAGCACUGGUCCGAAUGGGUGUCUAAGAAGAUUCAGAUGAAGCUCAGUAAAAUCAGGUUGCCUUACUUCAUGAACGAGCUGACGCUGACUGAGCUCGACAUGGGCUGGUGCACUCCCAAAAUCCUUUCGGCCUCUCCGCCCUCAGUGGAUCAUCAAGGUCUGUGGUUUGAUGUGGAAGUCUCCUACAAGGGUUCGUUCCUCAUGACUCUGGAGACGAAGAUGAACCUGUCGCGAUUGGGGAAGGAGGGUGAGGCUGUCAGCGAGUUUGGAAAAGACGGGCACAGGCCACGUACGUACUGCCUGGCCGAUAGUGAUGAGGAGUCGUCCAGCGCCGGGUCCUCUGAUGAGGAGGACGGGACGGAGAAUGUCGCUGAUAAAAACCUGCUGUCGGGUGCAGAGGGAUACACUGGAGUCCACAGGCCGAGCAAGAUCAUGAGAUUCGUGGACAAGAUUACCAAGAGCAAAUAUUUCCAGAAGGCUACAGAGACCGAGUUCAUUAAGAAGAAGAUCGAGGAAGUGUCAAACACACCACUUCUGCUCACUGUGGAGCUUCAGGAGUGUAAGGGAACGCUGGCUGUCAACAUCCCGCCUCCCCCCACCGACAGGAUAUGGUACGGCUUCCGCAGCCCUCCUCUUCUGGAACUGAAGGCUCGUCCCAAACUCGGAGAGAGAGAAGUGACGUUUGCACACGUUACUGACUGGAUAGAAAAGAAACUGGAGCAGGAGUUUCAGAAAAUCCUCGUGAUGCCAAACAUGGAUGACGUGUGGCUCACCGUCAUGCAUUCUGCCAUGGACCCUCGGUCAGACGCUACGGCAGCGGAUAGCAAGGAAGCCACGACAGUCCCCGAGGGUGACGUUCUACCCUCCGAGGGGCCUUGAAGCACCACUUCUAGUUCCGGUAUUGGCCAAAUGAGAGCUGAUGUUAUGGGUAUAAAAAGGGGGACAUCAGUGGAGAGUAUGUUUUGGAUAUGAAGGACUUGAGAAAAAGAGUAACGUAGAUGCAGGAAGGAGAACAACGUGCAAUAACGAGCUGUGAAGGAAGAUCGAUGACACUGCGAAUAUGUAAUCCGGUUAAGAUGAGGUAUCUGUGUUGGCGUGCAUAAAGCGUUCGAACGUUAACCUGUGAUUUAUAAUGGAGUGUGGCAGAGCAAAAGGUGUUCGACUCCACGUGUUGGAGAACCACUGCACUAUGACUUAGUACAUACUAAACGUCUAUAGAGAUUUUUAUUAUUAUUAUUAUUAUUAUUAUUAUUAUUUAAACAUACAGAUCUGCGUUUGUUUCAGUGUGUAUACGCUGCGCAUUUCUCAUGCAUUAACCCACCUGAUUUGGCUCUUCUGCUAAUUAGCACACUCUUCCCCUCCAUCAUGGUGCAGAUGGACUCGAAGUCUCCACUCUGUGAUUGCAGCCUUAAGCUAUGUGAUUUUUUUUUUUUUUUUAAUUAUUAUUAUUAUUUUUUUCAUAAAUGAUUAGAUCAUUGCUAGGAUUGGCUGAUCCUGGAUCAGCUUUCACGAAUACUGUGCCUGAGUACACUGCCCUCGAUGAAGUUCUUUUUCCUUGUACCUUGAAGGAGGCUAUUAGAAGACUAAUGUUUUGCGUGUGAGAGUUUACAAGAGAGAACGUAAAUGUAUAUGGGUAUAAUAUUGAGGCAUACGACCUCCAUUUAAAAUAAUACUAGCAUCAAAUGCAUAAAUCUAAACAAACCGCUAAAAACUAGACUCGAGUGUCUCAUCUGAGCACAUAAGAGUCGACAAUAUCGCAGUAUAUCAUAUAAACCCAUAUCGGCACAUGCCUCCUGAGACAACACUGCGUUUAAGUGUGCGUUUGCGGCCUGUACCGCUAACACGCCGCUCCAUUUGAUAUGCACUGCAUCUGAACUGUUGAUGGAUGUGUCAUUUAUCAGCCUCCCUGUUUGUAAUUCCUCUACAUCACCUUCUCACUAGAAGCCUUUCCACACUCUAAAUCGAGAGCUGCACCUUUUACCCAAUACGGACGAUUUAUGUGGUUUUGCCUGUUAAAAACCAAAUACUGUGAUUAUAACACGCACUAAUGACGAUAUUUAUACAAAAGACACUCUGUCUAGCGGCAGCCAGACGCACAUUAACCGGGUAACACACACAGAAAGAAUGUGUGCUUGGAAGUAAGCCAGCUUAAUCAUUAUACAUAUAUAAUGUCAUGCAAUUUAAAGAUGCAGUUUGUAAUGAAGUGGUUUUGAAGCAAAUAAUCCGGUCAUGUGUGGUGGCCUGGGAAAACCCUUCGUAUGGUGAACUAUAUCGUACUUCCCUGUCCGUCUUUUACAUGCAUCUGAAUCAUAAAGAAAGUCCUCUAUCAUUUGAAUCCCUGGUCACAAAAAUAUCAAACUGCUCCUUUAAAUUCCCCUGACAUAUGUUCAUCUAAUGUUGGUUACUUCAUUAACACCACCACUAACAUUCCCUGUAAAACCAUUUGUUCACUAUACAUACAUCUAUAGGCUUUGCCUGGUAGAGGGUCAGCGAGAUGUGACUCACGAAAGAGUUCCAGUUACGAUUGUGCACAAGGGUACACGAUCUUCUCGUGCGCUUGAUGUCAGGUUUCCAGAUGUCAGACAAUAAAUGGCAAAGGUCGCACGGUCAUAACUGGACCAUAAAAAAACUAAAAACGAGAUGACAAACUUGCUUCCCAUGAAUACAUUCUUUAUAAUUACCCUAUGAGUGAAUCAUCAUACUUCCCAGUGCCACUUUAGUGAGUGUGGGGUUGUAUGAUUGGGUAUGAUAUGAUGACUGUGUUAAUACAAUCAAUAAUGGUACUGUGUGUCUGUGUGUGUGUGUGUGAGAUAUUAUGAGGAGGGAGAGAGAGAGAUACAGUAUGCAGAAAGUCUGAUUGUAAUGAAUGUAUGACUUUUUGUAUUGUGUGUGUGUGUGUAUAGGUCUAGUGUCAACUGUUCAUGCUACUAUAUUGAGUUUAUUAUUUGAUACAAAUGAAGACAAUAUGAAGCUCUUUCACUGAUAGAAGAAUUAAUAUAUACCAUGUACGAGUGUAUGUCAAGCCAAUUUGCCUAGUAUGACUUUGUGUCAUUUUUGGAAUCAAAAGCCAAGCAGUAAAGAAGUGAAACUGUUAGUUUCAUGUUUGUUAGAAUUUCUCAUUUUUUCUUUGUUUGUUUGUUGGGUUUUUUUUUCAUCCAUUUUGUAAACCUGCGGCUUGGAGGCGCUAAAUGCCGAUUAAACAGACGGUAAAGCUUUAAACACUCACUAAUUGCGGUCUUACAGUCACCAUUGUGCCAUAAUGGUUUUGGAAAUCCGGGCCUUGUUUGAGAUGUUAUUAGAAAUGCUCGAGAUAUCUCUCUGGUUUAUGAUCUAGCAAUUCUGUUCACAUGUUAUUGUGAUCUGUUGUACUUCUAUACGUUUCCACUGGGAAGGAUAUUAACCUUAAAAAAAACGAACCUCCGCAGUUGUAUUUGUGCCUGUCUAUUAAUAAGGAAGACACUGUUCGUUAUAUCGCUUCCUGAAUGAGCGCCAGCUUUAUUUUGGAAGCAGAAAUGUACUGCCCCAACCCAAGUGAACAGUGUUUCAAACACAAGUGCCCACUUUUUUUUUUUUUUUUUUUUUUUUUUUUUGAAAUUUUGUGUUGAUCAUUGUGAUAUCAUAUUACCGAUUACUGACCCAGGCACGUGCGCAACAGAAAUGAAUGUGUAUCCUGGUACGCUCAAACACGAUAUUCCACGCACUACUAAUAAACGUCAUGCCGAUGGUGACGGGCUGGACGUUGACCAUAUUUCCUUAAAUUGAAGUUACAAAUGUUUUUAUUCGUUUGUUUACAGUGAGAAUCUAUGUUUGUAUGAUGGAUUUCUCUCAGACAUUCACAAUGUAAUGUAAUUUUUUUUCUUUCUUUUCUGAUUGUUUUCUUUGUUCAACAGUGUAGGAAAUCCUCUUUUUUUUUUUUUUUUUUUUGCCUUAAAUGUAGCUGGCAAUCAGGGGUUGGAACAACAUUAAUUACUCUCAGCAAGGUUAAUCUGUAUUACUGAAUCAUCAGUGAAAGGAAGUGUAAUUUGCUGACAUCCUAACAAUGAAGACUGUAACUGGAUCAGAAAUCUGUGUAUGCCAAUACGUGUGCCAGUCUGUGUCAAUAAUCAGUGCAGUAUUAAUAAUAGAUUUGCUUCUUCCUCUCCUUUGGUCACGGUAUGCCUUCUACAAACAAGUGUUGCAAAAAUGCCUGCUUGUUUAUGAAUAUUUUGCUUGCUAUUGUACAAGUGUCUUUAUUAAAAUGUUAAAACUGUAUGAGCUGUAAUUUUUCUUAAAAAGAUUGAAUAAAGAUUUUUUCUUAUUUG